AUGUUCCACUCAGGAACCCUCUGCACCAAUAUGGAGAUGUCUGAAAUACCUGACCAACCUCCUCCGAGCUUGAUUACGGACUUAGAAAGCGGCAGUAUAAAGAAUGAUUUGGCGGCUGGUUAUCCACGCCUAGCACAAGAAAUGAGUAACUUUCCUGAAACUACUAUUAUUCGAAGCUUCUCAUGCUUGGCUACGCGGAUACUCCUCUAUAUGCAAGCUGAGUUGACGGGUCUCCAUACUAGACUGCUUACCGUGGAAGACUGCAUCAGUAAGAAUGAAGACCGACCAUUGUAUGCUGUUGAUUGGGCAUCAGCAUUAUCAGUAAGGAUGGAUCAGAGCACUGACGGAAGUUUUGAAGCUGAGCAUAGCGGCUUGGUCACGAAAAUACGGCAUGUUAUGAAGGAAUACUAUAAGUUUGUCAUUCUUACAAACAGUGUAUAUUCUCUCAAAGAGCCCAGCCAGUACGACCUUGCACACAUACAGAGCUUACUUUCGAGCGACAUGAUGGGCCCCUGUGCGAUGGUUGGAGACGAUUUCAACACGUGGGGCUCCAUAGAGCAACCAACAGCGGCCUCUCCGGAUCUAUUCGCUAUGACUAGCCGAGAAACGAUGGAUCCUUUCUCAGAAUUCUUCGUUGUUCGAUUCGUUAGAACGCUUCUUCGAUUUAACGGCUUUGGAAUGUUCAAACCAAGCACCUUCGGAGGUUCGAAGGCCUACAGAAUCAAGACGAUAUCUCACAUAGCAAGAGCAAUCACAACUAUGAUAAUGGCCUUCUUCACGAGUUCGGCGAUCAUCAGUCUAUAUUUCGUACAACGUAAAGACUUGAAGGUCGCUAUGGCGGUUGUGUAUAUCUUCUUGGGCGCUACGUCCCUGAACUUCCUGGGACUACCAACCCACAUUGAGAUAUUCAUAUUCAUUGCCACGUAAGACACCUAGCCUGAUGCAUAUCAACAUCAC